AUACAAUGGACUUUUAGGCGGUUAUACAGUACGAUGCCAUGACACUGUAGGUAAAGUGUAGCCACAAUUCGACGCCGGUAUGGGUAAUUAAGAAGCAGUCCGGCUAUUGCUUAGUCAUUUAGACGUAGUUGCACUCAAAUGUGGGCCCAAAAGGGUUUCCAUGGCUCGCGGCUGUCGAGCCAACCAGCGCCGAAGUCGCAAGGCUUGCUGCCAACGCAUUAUAGAAAGACUAAACGCAUCUUUUGGAAUUGUCAUGGAAUUCCUUAUGCUGGUUCAUUUUUGGUUGAGGCCACUACAAAGCCUGCUCGUGAUAGCCAUGAAGCGGAAUCCGUCAAGCAUCCGCACGACGUCACGGCGACAAGCGCCGCGAGCAUGCUGCCAAAGGAGCAGUCACAACAUACGGCUCUGACGCCACGGCAGCGGAGACUAGCGCAGCAACAGCGGAAAUGGCGGGAGCAAGAAGAACAGCAGCAGAAGCAAAAGAAGCAGAAGCCUCCAAAGCAGCAGCAGCAGCAGCAGCAGGGCUACCACCAGCGGCCGGAGACGACGCCCGCUGCUGCCGCUCCUGCACCGUUGCUACCUCCCACUAGCAGCACAACUAGUAGCGGAAAACGUCGCCAGCGGCCUUCUCCGGCCACUCCUCCAUCAGUCUCGGCUCCCGCCUCAAGAGCAAAUCCUCCUUCUGUUGCUUUAGCACCUGCAGCUGCUGCUGAGCAACUAGCUGCCAGCGCCGGCCCCGUAAAACUGAGCUCCUUCCUAGUCAAUCCUCAAAGGAAAUCCGGAGAUGGGCCCGAGGCUCCGAACCCCCGCCCAACAGCAUCAUCCCCAUCACAGCCGCCACCACACUCCAAACUUCAGCACGCCGGCGUCUCGAGCAACAGGCAGCAGGUGACACCUGUUGAACCCGUACAGCCAUCACCACCUUGGUGCGCCCCGGUGCAGCUACAGGGCCGCCAGGGGCAGCGGGGGCAGCAGCAGGGGCAGGGACAGGAGCCGCUCCCAGCCCUGUUCGCGGCUGCUGGGCUCCCUCUGUCGCGCGACAGCAGCUCCCUCCUCGACCUGAAAUCCCUGUCGGGCCCGCAGCUAGUGGCGCUAGCAAGGGCGUGGAUGCGGGACCUAGCGGAGUGGAAGUCAGCCCCACCGCCUUCCUCCUCACCUUCACCUUCCUGUUCCUCCCCUUCUUCCUCCUCCACACCCUCCGUUUCGCCCUCCUCAUUACCUCCUGCUUCUUCACCUUCCUCCACCUCGGGUCCAUCCGCCUCGCCUUCCGUGCCCAGAAGCAGCAGCAGCAGCGGCACCGGGGCUGCGGUUGCGCUCCCCAACGCAGCAGCUGAGAGACUCGCGCUGUUGACAGCAGCUGUGACCUCCCAUAUGACCCACGGGUCGCUGGGUCAGCAGGAGCUGGCAGACCUGGUGUGGUGGGUGGCGCAGUACGACAGGGCGCAUGCGCUACAGACGCUGUACCCGGCCCUAGGGCUGCCCUUCCAUGUCAUCCCUGGGGUGUUCCCAGAACUGAAGCUCGAGGAUUUUAUGGCGGAAGUGGAGCUACGGCGUGACGUCAUUUACCUGGAAGAUGGAUCCAGGGCCGUGGAGGAGUCCCGCUUGACUGGCUGGCAGUCUGACAUCGGAGCCACGUUCAGGUACAGCGGCAAAGAGAUGCAGCCUCAGGGAGGGGGCGGCUUCACACCUGCGAUUCGCAAGGUUCGCGACGCGCUGCAGCAGCUGACGGGGAUCCCGUACGACAGCGUGCUGGUCAACUAUUACGCGGACGGGAAGUGCGGCAUGCGGUACCACGUGGAUCCGCUGUACGACAGGUGGACCCCCGAGUCGGCGGUGGUGUCUCUGGGUGACACGCGCACCUUCGUCUUCCGGGCCAUAGAGGACUUCAGUUGCAGGUGGCAGUACCGAGUUGGCAACGGCGAUGUGGUCCGCAUGUUCGGUGACUGCCAGGAGCGGCUGCAGCACUGCGUGAGGGUGGAGCGGCGGGCGGAGGACGCGGGGCCGCGCAUGUCUCUUGUGUUCAAGGAACGGCUGAGGGACGCGGAGGGGCGCUACCUGCUGCCGUGAAGGGCGGGCAGUGAAGGAAACGCGUUUGGGGGGCGGAGGAGGAGGGACGUGGCAUAGCGGUAUGCUGCUGUGUGCUGACCUGAUGCGCCUGGCAUGCUGGUUCUAUGGCUUCUGAAAGGGGUGGCUAGGUGGGUGUUCCUCACACUAACAUGUGUUGCGAACAUGUGUUGCUGUGGGGCAUUGGGGCUUGCGCUUAAUGGAAAAGCCCAGAGGUCAGCAGGACAGAGCUUUCAUUAGCACCAGUAGUGUGGCACCAGUAGUCAAGAGGGUGCAUCGAGUAAGAAGACAUGUGCAAAACCGCAUGCAUCCAGACAUUUCGGAUGCCUUGAGGUGGUGUAACGCCAGAGGCACAGGAACGGUGGCAUGG